AUGUUACGACUCCGAAACCCUUUCGCUGCCAUACCAUCCGAAGGAAGCACGCAGACUGAGACACUACCAUGUUGUCCAAGCCUAGACAGGAGUAGUCGAGACCCAGAGAUUGGGCUCGAACCACAAACAUUACGGUCAUUAAAUCAUUUGUUUAUAGCCAGCACAAACCUUCAACAUAGGCCCUCACACCGGCUGACUUGGAGGCCACUAACCAUAAACUAA